AUGGCACGUCGUUACACGCACGACAAGAAUAAAAGCCAGAUCGUAUUUGAUUUUACUGGUGGUGAAUCUGAAAUGCAUUCAAUGACAAUGCAAACAAUACCAAAAGCGAAAAAUAUUGUCAGAUCCGAAGGUCAAAACUUUUCACUUCGUACAGAUGAUAUUAAAGGCGCACAACCAAGUCCUCCGAAAAAGAAAUCAUCUUUCGAUUUCUACAACCCAGAUGAUAUUGAUGGCUCCAAAUCAAAACCAAACGUUGAUAAAACAAAGCAACCAAAAGACAUUAUGAGCGUUAAAGAUAUUCAAGGCGCUACACCAUCUAUUCAACGAAGUCUUCCUCAUUCAAAUAGACACUCAAACCCACAAAAUCCAGUUUAUGAUCUUCCAUCAUACAAAGAGGAGCCAAUACCUGUUCCAAAGUUCAUCAGAGACAACAUCAACUACGAUGAUAUCCCAGGAGUUCAUCCAAAGUCUUAUAAGACAGAUAAACCUCCAAAAGAUACUCUCAAAGUCGAUGAUAUCCCAGGAGCAGCUCCAAAACAUCUCGUUGGUAAGUACAUUGAUCAUCACGAGAUGGAUGUCAGCGACAUUAAUAAUGAUGGCGUUUUUAAGACUAGACGUCAAACAAAUCCAUUAUUCCCAGAUUACUACUACGAUGGACAAACAUAUCCACGUGAUUUUGGCAUCCAAAAGUCGAAUUACAAAACCAGAAAUAAAGAUACAGAUUUUAGCCUGAAGACAUCUGAUAUUCCUGGAGCAUGCGCAGAUUCAUCUGCAGAAGCUAUCCGCAAUUUCAAGGCUCCUCUUCCACCAUCUGAACAGGACGAAUACGGAAAACCUGUUGCACUCUUAAAUCUUCCUUCAAUGAAGAAGGCCGAGAAAGAACUAGAAAGAAGACGUGCAAUAGAAGAAUACCAUGGAGAAACUAUUCGUCGUUUUGAAAAUCGCCAUCUUUUGGUGAUGAAUCAAAGCGCAGACCCAGCACAGGCAGCUCUUAAGAAUCAGAGACAGAAUAGAAGUAAGGCUCCAGUUACAUUCCAAGUUACUGAUGCCGAUUUAUAG